AUGGCUUCUACUGCAAACGAUCGUGCUCAACAAAUUUUUGGUCAUUUAGCCAAUGCAUCUCCUUCUCUUCAAGGUAAAGUGUGCAUUGUGACAGGUGCUGGCUCUCUGUAUGGUAUUGGCCGUGCCACUGUCAUUUCUCUCGCCAAGCGAGGACCCAAAGUCAUCUAUGCUACUGAUUUAACAUUGGAAAACUUGGAGGAAUUGGCCAAGGAGAUCAAGGACACUUACAAGGUGGAGUGUAUCCCUCGUGCUGUGGAUGCCGCCUCUCAAUCCGCUGUAGAGAGCAUCAUUGAUGAUGCUGUUGCCAAGUACGGUCGCUUGGAUGUCUUUUUCGCUAAUGCUGGUGUCGCUACUGGUGAUCGUUUGCAAGAUGAGGACGCCGAGUCCUUUAUGAACAUGAUGCGCAUCAAUGCAUUGAGUGCUUUCUUGGCUUGCAAGCAUGCUGGUGCUGCCAUGCUCAAGUUGGGUGGUGGUAAACAAGUUACCGGUGGCUCUAUCAUUUGCACUGCUUCUGUUGCUGGUAUCAGAUCUGGUGCUGGAUCACCUGAAUACUCUGCAUCUAAAGCUGCUGUGAUCAAUUUGUGUCAAACCAGCGCCUUCCAAUACGGUGGCACCAAUGUGCGUGUCAAUGCCAUCUGUCCUGGCUUGAUUGAAACUGGUAUGACCAAGGGCACAUUCGAUUAUGCUCGUCAAAAGGGUUCCGCUCACAAGAUCGGUCAAUUGAAUCCCACCAAGCGUUAUGGUGUUGCCUCUGAAAUUGCUCAUGUUGUCGCAUUCAUGGCCUCUGAUGAAGCCUCUUAUCUUAACGGCCAAGCUAUUGCUGUUGAUGGCGGUCUCUCUGCCAGUCAUCCCAUUGUCCCUGGAAGAUUCCAUUAA